AAUAACAACAACACAACAACAACAAACGGAACAAGCCCCAAGCUGGAUUUGCAAGGCAACUUCGCUCCCACUCCCUUCCUCCUCUCCAGUCCGGCGGGAUGGCUUCCAAUUUCAAUGACAUAGUGAAGCAAGGGUAUGUAAAGAUUAGGAGCAGGCGAUUAGGAAUUUAUCAGAGAUGUUGGCUGGUUUUCAAGAAAGCAUCAAGCAAAGGGCCCAAAAGAAUCGAGAAAUUUUCAGAUGAGCGUGCUGCCUACUUCAGGUGCUAUCACAAGGUAACAGAACUUAAUCAUGUGAAGAAUAUACUUCGGUUGCCAAAAGGCACAAGGAAGCAUGCUGUAGGGAUAUAUUUUAAUGAUGACACAUCCAGGACAUUUGCUUGUGAAUCAGAACUUGAAGCGGAUGAAUGGUGCAAAGUCUUGCAGGUGGAAUGUCUGGGGACUCAGAAUAAUGAUAUUAGCCUCGGAGAACCUGACCUGCUGGCUUCCGGUGUGGAGAGGGAACAAAGUGAGAGAUUCAAUGUGUAUUUGAUGCCAUCUCCUAAUUUAGAUGUGCAUGGGGAAUGUACCUUGCAGAUAACCUUUGAAAAUAUCUGUCUUUGGGACAUCCAGAACCCCAGAGUAAAGCUCGUCUCUUGGCCUUUAAGUGCUCUCCGGCGAUAUGGACGAGACUCCACUUGGUUUACAUUCGAAGCCGGAAGGAUGUGUGACACAGGGGAAGGACUAUUCAUCUUUCAGACAAGAGAUGGGGAGGCAAUCUAUCAGAAGGUUCACUCGGCAGCUCUGACCAUAGCAGAACAACACGACCACUUAUUACAGAGUGUGAAAAACUCAAUGCUACAGAUGAAAAUGAGUGACCGGGCUGUUUCUCUUGGCACCAUGGUCCCCUUGCCCCGCAGUGCCUACUGGCAGCACAUCACACGGCAACACAGCACUGGACAGCUCUUUGGCCUACAAGAUAGUCCACUGAAGAUCCAUCGAACAGAAACUUUCCCCACCUACCGGUCAGAGCAUUGAUAAAAGAGAGCCAAGGACUUCUACAAUGUGUGUGUCUUGAGAUGGACUGGUCCAGCAAAGAGGCUUUCAAUGGCAUUGGGCAACAAUGAAGAAACAGACAGAAGAAAGGGAGACUGGAUUGAGACUGCAAUAUUGGGUUUUUUUAAAUCUUCAGCCAAAUUAUAUACAGCCUAAAGCUAACAUUGGAAAGUUGCUGUAUUUCAUAGUUACAUCUGGAAGAAAGAAGCCCUCUGGCAGUGUGCUUUUUUUGGGGGGGGGGGAAUAUAAUAUAAUAUGAUGAUUUGUCCU